ACAAUGGACUUCCUCCUCAGUGGGGUGGCAGCCUGCGGGGCUUGCGUGUUUACCAACCCGCUGGAGGUGGUGAAGACCCGCAUGCAGCUGCAAGGAGAACUCCGUGCUCCAGGGACCUACACCCGCCAUUACCGCAACGUCUUCCACGCCUUCUACACCAUUGGACGGGUGGACGGCCUGUCAGCUCUCCAGCGGGGCCUCUUGCCCGCCUUGUUUUACCAGUUUGGCUUUAACGGACUCCGCUUGGGCCUCUACGGGAUCGCCGACACGGCGGGCUACAUUCGCGCCUCCGACGGGAGCAUCAGCCUGCUGCGCACCACCGUGGCUGGGGCAUUGUCCGGGGUGGUCAGCGCCACCGUGAGCAGCCCCAUCUAUAUGGUGAAGACCCAUAUCCAGGCUCAGUCCGCUGCUGAGAUCGCUGUAGGGCACCAAUACCAGCACCAGGGGAUGCUUCAUGCUCUGGCCAUGAUCCACAAAGAGCAUGGCGUGCUUGGACUGUGGCGCGGGUCCCUCUCAUCUGCACCUCGUGUCAUGGUUGGCUCUUCGACACAACUUGCUACCUUCUCUUCUUCCAAAGAAUUCUUUAGCCGACUUGAGAUCUUCCCUAAGGACAGUUGGCUGCUGGCAUUGAGUGCUGGAAUGACGAGCAGUGUCACUGUGGCUGUCGCCAUGACACCCUUUGAUGUGGCCAGCACCCGCCUCUACAAUCAGCCUGUAGGACCCCGAGGUGAGGGCCUGUUGUACAAGGGCCUUUUUGAUUGCCUCUCCAAAAUCAUCCGUUCGGAAGGUUUCUUUGGGAUCUACAAAGGCCUAGGUGCUUCCUAUUUCCGUAUCGGCCCUCACACCAUCCUGAGCCUCCUCUUUUGGGACCGGCUGCGCCAGUCCUACAGAGGCUGGACACAGCAGAAGCGAUGA